GACACGCCUCGCCUCGACAGAACAUUCCCAAGCCGUACCUGCACACUAUCUAGACUCUCACCACUUAGUAGAACACACGAUACCAAAACAGCCACUAUUGAAAAACCAGUGCUGACCCUAGAUUCAAGACGGCAUCUGCAUCUGGAUAGUACUCCAAUUUGGCAACGGGCCCUUCGAGACCGUCGCGGGUCAUGCCGCUGGCUCCUGGCCAGCAUUCUUCUUCUUCUUCCUCUCCAAAAAGAGAGCGGGGACCGAACAUCGUCAUUUGGGUCGCGGAAUACCGCCCGUCGAACAUUCGGCCAGGAGAGUGAGAACCUCGCCCUCAAUGCAAGCAGUAAACAGCCAAUUGCUGCAUUAUCAUUCGCAUGCCAGAACUGCUUGGGACAAUGGCCAAACAGCGCGAAUUCGAUUCUUGUUGACGGAACUGCGCCUGACCCUAUAAACAGCCCUGCGAUCAAGUCACUGUUCCAUUGCCUGCUCUCCAAUCAAGACCAGGCCGUCAAAGUGAAUCUCGAUGUCGAUUCCACCUCCACGCUCAUCAGUGUGUUUCUCAGACAAGCCAGCUCGCGCUUCUCGACGUGUCAGCGUUCGAGCAGCCAGUCAGACUGGCUUGAACCGCCAGAGAUGGCUAUUCACACGCCUCCGCGCGGGGAGACGGAGCAUUGCACCAAGGAUUGA